AGAGCGCGAGACUGGAGAGUUCAUAGAAGUUAUCAGGAGUGGACAGGGUGAAGCGACGCUCCGGCAGACUGGAUGACCACGCAAGUUACGCGCAAGCGCUGAUAAACCUCCAGGAGCCUGUCGCCGCACACUGAAAGAUUGCUCCAGAUAACAAACUCGCCAGGGAUUUGAAACUUUCUUAAACAGGACGGUAAACUCGUCAAUGGGGAGGACGCAUUGAGAAGCUUGGUUCUGAAAGCAAAGGAUAUUCUUUAACUCCCGCCGAGUAAUCAAAACUAAUACAUCUGAGAGAAGUGGAAAAAACAACAACACAAAAGUUGUGUUAAGAAGGAAUCGUUCUCUAAGAUACCUCGUUCGACGCUUGCCUGGAGAAGUGCAGCAGGAGUAGGUUCCAUUGGCAGACAGGUACUGGGAACAAAAGAGACAGAGGGGAAGUGUGUGUAUGAGAGUGCGGUUAUCGGGCUGCCGGGCUUGCCGUCACAUGUUCCCGUGGACUGGUCUCUGCCUAGCCCGUCAUUAUGUCGAGCGGAGCGGAACGGCGCCUAGAGAACCGGCUGCGGAAGCUGGAGGCCAUGAUCAAAGACCCAAAGUCGGCGAUAAACUUGGAGAGUUUACUGGACUCUGUGAAUGCACUGGCAUUGGAUCUGGAUUACCCUGCGCUGCGUAAGAACAAGAACAUUGAUGCCUUCCUGAACCGCUAUGAGAAGGCGAUGGGUAAGCUGCGUGAGCUCCAGGUGAAGAUGGAGGAUUUUGAGCGAGUGAAGCUCAUUGGCCGUGGAGCGUACGGAGAGGUGCAACUGGUCCGACACAAGGCGUCUAAGAAGGUGUACGCCAUGAAGCAGCUCAGUAAGUUUGAGAUGAUCAAACGCUCUGACUCGGCCUUCUUCUGGGAGGAGAGAAACAUCAUGGCCUUCUGCAACAGCCCCUGGAUCGUACAGCUCUGCUGUGCCUUCCAGGACACGCGUCGCCUGUACAUGGUGAUGGAGUUCAUGCCCGGAGGGGAUCUGGUGACCCUGACCAGCACCUACGACGUGCCAGAGACAUGGGCGCGAUUCUACACGACCGAGGUGGUGCUGGCGCUCGAUGCCAUCCACAGCAUGGGCUUCCUGCACCGCGACGUCAAGCCUGACAACAUGCUGCUCGACGCCAGCGGACAUCUCAAACUGGCAGACUUCGGCACCUGCAUGAGCAUGGACUCAAAGGGUAUGGUGCGUUGUGACACUGCUGUGGGAACUCCAGACUACAUCUCUCCGGAAGUGCUGAUGUCACAAGGCGGGACCGGUUACUAUGGACGCGAGUGUGAUUGGUGGUCAGUGGGAGUCUUCAUCUAUGAGCUGCUCGUAGGUGAUACUCCAUUCUAUGCUGAGUCACUGGUGGGCACCUAUGGUAAGAUAAUGGACCACAAAAACCACCUGGAUUUCCCUGAUGAUGUGGGGAUGAGCAAAGACGCCAAAGAUCUCAUCUGUGCCUUCCUCACUGACAGAGACGUGCGUCUGGGAAGGAACGGAGUGGACGAAAUCAAACGGCACCCGUUUUUCAAGAAUGAUCAGUGGACCUUCGACAACAUUCGAAACACUGUGGCCCCGGUGGUUCCUGAGUUGAAAAGUGACAUAGACACCAGUAACUUUGACGAUAUUGAGGAUGAGAAGCGUGACGGGGAGACCUUUCCCACUCCCCGAGCAUUUGUGGGCAACCAGUUGCCCUUCGUGGGCUUUACCUACUUCAAAGAGGACCAGUUGCUGAGCGCAAACAGCACAUUGGGCGUGGACAAAAUUGAUUUGGGCGACCCAUGUGAGAAAGAUCAGCUCUCAGAAAACCAAAAAGAUUCUGAGGGUCUUCAGAAGAAGCUGAAUAAAUUGGAGGAGCAGCUCCACCAUGAGAUGCAGGCAAAAGAUGACCUGGAGUUGAAAUGCAGAAACGCAAACAGUCGUUUAGAAAAGCUUUCCAGAGAACUGGAGGACGAGAUGAAUUCAAGGCAGGAGCUGGAGUCGUCCCUUAGACAGCUGGAGCGGGAGAAAGCUCUACUGCAGCAUCAGAGGACUGAAAGCACCAGGAGAGUAGAGAUGGUCACCGGCAGGAAACGAGGCCUGGAGACCGAAUUGACCAGUCUGAAAGAGCAAGUGGAUGAAUUGAGGAAGAAAACCCAAGACUCUCAUGCCUCCACUGAGAAAAACAUCCACCUGAAGAAACAGCUGGAUGAGGUGAGCGAUAAGCUGCAGGAGGAGCAGGAGGUGUCGGCGCGGCUCCGUAAGGCCCAGGGGGAGGCGGCUCGUCAGUCCCAGCAGCUGGAGCUCUCGCUCAGGGAGCUGCAGGGCCGGCUGGGCCUCCUGGAGGACGGACGCGCCGCACUGGAGGCUGACAAGUUGGCCAUGCAGGGAGCCCUGGACUCCGAGAGGAGGGAGAAGAGCCAGGCCAACCAGACUGUCACAGAUAUGCAGGGUCGAAUGGGUAAAGUGGAGGAAGAACUGAAACAGGUGCAGGCCUCUCUCUCUUCGGCUGAAAAAGAGAAGAGAAAACUGCAAGAGCAGAUGACCGACUUGGAGAAGGAGCACGGUAAUCAAGAGAUCGAGUGGAGCUACAAGCUGAAAGCUCUGAAACAGAGUUUGGAUCAGGAAGAGAAAGACCACAGGGCCACCAAAGAAGGUCUGGCCGACAAACACUCCCUGAAACAGAGCAUAGAGGAGGCUACUGCAGCGGCUCUCAGAGAUAUGGAGCGCAAGCUGCAGGAGGAGCACAACUGUAAGAUGCAGUUGGAGGGUCGUCUGAUGGACAUGCAGAAGCAGAACUCCAUGCUCGACUGCGACUACAAGCAGGCGCUGGGCAAACAGGACGAACUGCGCGCCCACAAGGACCAACUGGCACAGGAGCUGGACAGCCUGUCCCUGCGCGUGGAGCAGGAGUCCCAGCGGCGCUCUCUGUCCCAGCGGGACCUGCGGGAGCAGACUCAGGCCGUGCAGACGCUCCGCUCCUCAGAGAAGAAGCUCCAGCUGGAGGUCAGCACCCUCACCGACUUCAAAGUCAGCCUGGAGAAGACCAACCAGGAGCUGCGCAGGGAGCGUGAGGAGGCGGAUGGACAGGUGAAAGAGCUCAGGGACCAGCUAGAGGCGGAGCAAUACUUCACCAAGCUGUACAAGACCCAGAUUCGGGAGCUGAAGGAGGAAUGUCGUGAGAAGGUCAAACUCUACACCGACCUGCGGGAGAGACUGGAGGAGUUCAAUGAGGAGAGGGACUCCCUGGCUGGACAGCUGGAGGUGAGCCUGACUAAGGCGGACUCUGAGCAGCUGGCACGCUCCAUUGCUGAGGAGCAGUACUCGGACCUGGAGAAGGAGAAGAUCAUGAAGGAGCUUGAGAUCAAAGACAUGAUGGCCCGGCACAAACAGGAGCACAACGACAAGGACAACACCAUCAGCUCUCUGGAGGAGUCCAACCGCACCCUCACUGUGGAUGUGGCCAAUCUGGCCAAUGAGAAAGAGGAGCUCAACAACCAGCUGAAAGAACUGCAGCAACACCUGCAGCUCUACCGAGAGGAGGAGAAGCAGAAGGGUGCCAUGAAGCUCUCCUUUGAGAGACAGAUCCAGAGCGAGAGAACACUCAAAAUCCAGGCUGUAAACAAACUGGCAGAGAUCAUGCACAAAAAAGAGGUGCGCACUGGUCACCGUGGCAACGAUACAGACGUGCGACGCAAGGAGAAGGAGAACCGUAAACUUCAACUGGAGCUGCGCUCCGAACGGGAGAAGCUCAACUCCACCAUCAUCAAGUUCCAAAAGGAGAUGAAUGACAUGCAGGUGGUGGUGGCGGAGGAGUCUGCGGGGCGUCUGGAGCUGCAGAUGGCUCUGGACAGUAAGGAGAGCGACAUCGAGCGCCUGCGCUGCGAACUCUCCACCAUCAGCAUCCAAUCGCUCGACGCCACCAGCAUCAGUUCCCAGGGCAAUGACAUGGACCCCGACGAUAGCUACCCAGUGCGCAUCACUCAAACACAGAUGUCUGAGUCGAUGUCAUUCACGUAUCAGCGGAGCACGCGCUCAGUGAGUGUGCACACACGCCCCAAUUUGAUGGACAGCUCCGGGGAGGAAGAGUCAGAGGAUGAGGGUGAAGGGCGAAGUGGGGCACCUAUAGCCCUCCCUUAUAAACCUGAGCCUGCAGCUUCAGAUUCCAGGUUAGAAGGCUGGCUGUCUGUGCCUUCUAAAAACACCAAGCGGUUUGGAUGGGACAAAAAGUAUGUGGUCGCGAGCAGUAAGAAGAUUCUGUUCUAUAACAAUGAGGUGGAUAAAGAAGAAUCUAACCCAUUUAUGGUCCUGGACAUAGAUAAACUGUUCCACGUGAGGCCAGUGACCCAGACGGAUGUGUAUCGUGCUGACGCCAGAGAAAUACCCCGCAUCUUCCAGAUCCUGUAUGCCAAUGAGGGUGAGAGCAAGCGGGACCUGUAUUCUACCCAUGAGCCCCUGGGAAUGGUAGAGCGCUCGAUGUGCCUGAGCCACAAGGGCCACGAGCUGGUGCCCACGCUCUACCACUUCCCCUCCAGCUGCGAGGCGUGCACGCGCCCGCUCUGGAACGUCUUCAAGCCGCCGCCGGCCCUCGAGUGCCGCCGCUGCCACCUCAAGUGCCACAAGGACCACCUGGACCGCAAGGAGGAGGUGCUGGCGCCGUGCAAAGUGAACUACGACAUGUCCACAGCUAAAGAGCUCCUCCUGCUGGCCUCUUCUCAGUCAGAGCAGCAGCGCUGGGUCAGCCGCCUCCUCGCCCGCGUCCCCCGCAAGCCUCUCCCUGUCCCUGCGCUCCCCCCUGCCACCUCCUCCCCUGCCGCCCCGGCUUCCAACUCCUCCUCGGGCUCGGCCUCGCCGGCCCCCAGCUCGCCGCGCCCAUCGCCACGCCCAUCUCCGCACCUGGACCAGGUAGCGUCCAGGCCCAGGGCCAAGUCGAGCUCUGGAAGCUCAGGGUCCCCACGCCUGUCCCACCGCGGGGCCAUCAAGUUGCAGGCCAGCAGGAUCCAGCACCAGGAGGUCAGCGUACAGCAGGAGCAGCAGCAGCAGCAGACCAUCCACACACAGCAACAAACCAAGACCAGGGUGCUUGGGUUUGGCCUAAAGGGAUGGGAAUGGGCCCUAGAUGAUGAUGAUGAUGAUGGUGAUGAUGAUGAUGACGAUAUGUUUGACUUCUGAAAAACAAAUUAACCUUUGAACUCUGGAAUGAGGAGUCUGGAUUUGGACUCGGUGAUCUCAGCUGACAAGAAUGCCCCCCCCCCCCCACCC